AUGGCCACUCUGGGUCCCAAUCUCCCUCACGGGCCCGACAUGGCCGGUACUCAUCCCGAGUACGUGGACAUGAACCCGAACGAGAAGGGAGCCUUCGACAAGCUGCUCCGUCCCGAUGACAGCUACACCGAGGAGGGUGUCUACUGGGCGGAUCUCCCCAUUCUCAGACGCCUUCGCUUCAUCACCAAGGUCGACAACCAGGAGGCCGCUCGCGAGCUGCGCAACCUCGGCCGCAUGAUCGUUGAGGAUCCUCUGUCACCAGUCAGCUUCUACUUCAAGAACAUGGUCCUUCCCGGUGCUGGUCUGCUGUUGGAAGGUUACGUCUUGUUCUCCAUCGGAAACGUCACCCCGCUUCUCCAGCAGGCUUUCCCCAGCUGCUGGAAGACGUACGAAACUUGCAAUGAGACCUGGAUCAACGCCAUCAACUACCUCGAAAUAUCCGGUAUCAUCGUUGGUCAGAUCCUCGUCGGUUAUUUGGGUGAUUGGAUCGGUCGUCGCUGGGGUUUGAUCCAGGAUGCCGCCAUCAUGUUUGUCGGUCUGCUCAUGCUGACUGCCGCCUGGGGUGUUACUCAGAAUGGCUGGAUCAUCUGCUAUGCGUGGUCUCUGUUUUUCUACUCCAUCGGUGUCGGUGGUGAAUACCCUAUGACUGCUACCUCUGGUAUGGAAAACGCUGUCGGUUCUGGCCGUGUCUCCACCCGUGAGGAUCGUCUUCACCGUGGCCGCAAGGUCACCAGCGCCUUCCUCAUGCAAGGUUGGGGUCAGUUCUUGAACCAGUCCUUGUUGAUCCUGCUCCUCCUCAUCUUCCACCACGGUUCCGGCAGCCCCCCCUACUCCCAGGUCGCUGCCCAAUGGACCUACCGUGUUUCGUUCGCUAUUCCUGCCGUCGGUACUCUCUGGCUCACCUACUACCGUGCCUACCACAUGAAGUCCGCCUCCAAGCAACUCCAGGCUAUUAAGAAGAAGGCCUCCGUCACUGGUUACGAUGUCGAGUCUUUGCGUUUGACAUUUAAACACUUCGGUUUCCGUCUCUUGGCCACCACCUUUGGCUGGUUCGCUAACGAUGUUUUCUUCUACGGAAACAAGCUUUUCCAGUCCCAGUUCAUCGCGGUUAUCCUUCCGAAUGAGAAGUCCGUCAUGCCCAACUGGCUUUACAGCUUGCUCAACAUCGGUGUCUCCCUGUGCGGUUACUACUUGGCCUCUUUCUUGAUCGACCACAAGCUCUACGGCCGUAAAUGGAUGCAGCAGGUCGGUUUCCUGAUGUGCUUCAUCUUUUUCAUCAUACCCGGCUUCCAUUACAAGUACUACACUAAGCCGGAGAACAUUCACGCCUUCCAGGCCAUGUACUUCCUGUCUUCCUUUUUCAACCAGUUCGGCCCCAACUGUGUCACCUUCAUUGUUGCCGCUGAAUGCUACCCUGCACCAAUUCGUGCAACUGCCCACGGUCUCUCGGCUGCUGCCGGAAAACUCGGCGCUUUGGUUGGUGUGCUCUUGGGUGCCUACAUCACUGUCCAGCAGCGUUUCUACGUCGUCCCUUGGUUCGGUCUGGCUGGUAUGAUCACCACCGCCCUCUGGCUCCCCGACACCACCGGUCUCGAUCUCAAGGAGCAGGAACGCCGCUGGUUUUACAUCCGUCAGGGUCGUGCCCAUGAAUACCACGGCGUUGCCGUCCACCCCCAGCACUUGUCCCUGUGGGAGCGCUUCCGUGGCGUCGGCAAGUACUACGACCCUGAGCUUGACUACAAGCAAAAACUUGAGGACUACCGUGCCGAAUGGGAGGCUGGUGUCGCACGCAAGAUCUCCAACGAGGAAGGUGAGGUCGAUGUCGACACCGAUGAGACUCUCUUCGAGGGCCACGUCCACCAAUACUUUGAGCGCACUAGCCCCAUGUUCCGUGGAGCCGAGAAGUCCGUCCAGAAGUUCUCCGCUCUGCCCCCAGCCGCCGCCUCCGUCGAAAGCGACGAGACUGAGGCUGCCAAUGGCAACGAGAAAUGA